AUGCAAGGAGGAAAUGCCGAUAGGAAAAACCGAGAGGACGCCUACAUCCAUAGGAUAAAUUUUUCGGAAAUAACUGGACACGGCGAAACUGAUAAAAGAAUUGAGUACCUGUGGAACCUAGCCCUGUCCACUGUGUAUGAAAAUACAAAACUGUCCAUGAAAUAUAUCACUCUAAUUAAAAAAAUUGCAAAAAAUAAUAUGCUCUUUGACAAUAUAUGCUGCCACUAUUGCAACUUAAUAUAUAUCCCCUUUUACAACUGUGAAAUAAAGCACGUUGCUGGAAAAAAUGCAAUCCGGUACAGGUGCUUUUUGUGUAAGCGUAAAAAACAACAAACGUUAAGGAACGAUAAAAGUCAAGUAAAAAAUGCCCCCCUUGAGAAUUCCAAUGGAAUAAAUGUCCAAAGUAAUUCGCUCAAUCGGGACCUUUUUCUUAUCAACGAGAUAGAUGAGUAUGCAAUAAAAAAGGAAACACCUGGAGACCAAAGCGGGGAUGUUAGGGCGGAGGAUAGCUUCCAAGAAAAUAUCCCUUUGGGGGAAGUCACCGCGGAAGACGACUCCUUAGAGAAUAAUCUCGUGGAGGACCCGGUCCUUUCAGAUAACAAUCCCACGGAUGAACCACUACACGAACCGAUUGCCUUUGACAGUAUUAAAGAUCUCUUCACCAUUGAUUAUGGCACGAGUAGCUACACUGUUAAGAGUGAGGUUUUUCCCCCGAUGACCCAAAAUAAUAGUUGCGGAAGAAAUAACAACUUGAAAAAUGUUAUAACUUCAGGCGAACAUAGCAGCGUUGGAAAAAAAAGAAAACAUGAUGGGAGUAUCAAAGGGAAGGAAAAAUCAGACAAGGUAAACCAGGCCACCAAAGUAGAUGACCUGAGCAAUGCCCAAGAAAGGGAUGUGCAAAAGAGGCCUCCCAACACGAACAACGUGAACAGCGCAAAGAGGUCAAAUGUGAUAAACGUAGGAAAAACCACUCCUAAACUUGGCAGCACUGAUAACUACUUAAAUUUUAAUAAACCCAAGAAGAAGAAAAAGAACAUAUUAGAUAUCGUGUAG